ACAUCCGUUUCGUAAGCUAUCUGCGACAGUGCGAAAGUGUUUUUGUGUUAGCUUGACAACAGUAACUAGCCCGCUACCUAACUAUUAACUAAAUUUAAAACAUGCUAAAGAAGAAAUCUACAAGCAGGGUCAGGGAUAACAAAAGGAAACAUUCACACUCAGAAGAGCAUCAUGUAGACAGAAGACCCAGAGGCACGGAAUCCAACGUGGAGGACGUAAAGGAUGAGUUGGCAGACCCCGAGUUGGACAAGGUUGGUAGUGAUAUCGAGGAGGGAGGACUGGACCUGAGUGUGCCGUUCAAACCGAUCAGUGGCUACAUAACCAACAGACAAGAGAUGCUGGACCAAUGCUUCCACGUGCUUGGGGACAAGAAGCUGCAGAAAAUGCUGCCCGACGAACUCAAGAGUUGUAGUGUGGAAGAGAUUAAGAAGCUUUGUUUGGAGCAACUGGAGCAGCUCUCACAAACCAACCUCCUUCAGAUCCUUGCAGGUGAAGAGCUGACUGUUUCCUCAGGAGGAGAAGAGGAAGAUAAACUGGGUGUUUCUGAAAGCCAGCAGGAUAACAUUGUGGAUUCUACGUCUUCUCUGAAGGAAACUUGCGAAACGGAGGAUAAGCAAGAGGACGCUGGCUCGGGAGACGAGAGCGACGUCCUCAGCAUUAACGCGGACACGUACGAUAGUGACAUUGAAGGACACAAAGACAAGGAUAAGCAGGCUAUCAAACCCGAGGAAACAACGGAGGCCUCCAAAGAAGUUGCCACGGCAACGUCUGACCCCGCCAACCCAGAGCCUGUCGAGGACAAGCCCAUAGAGACCAAGAUUGAGUUGGAGAAGGACAUCAACAAAAGUGUGAAUGAGAUCCUAGCUUUAGCACCAACUCCUAGCCUUGAGGAUGAUAAAGAGCUGGUCGGAGCUCCACCCGUCGAGGCCCCAGUGCUCGUCGCGAGUCAACCCGUCCAGAGUGCACCGCUCCCUGGACCGGCUCCAGCGGCGUGUCAGCCCUCGGUCCAGCAGCUGGAGCUUCUGGAGCUGGAAAUGAGAGCCAGGGCCAUCAAGGCCCUGAUGAAGGCUAACAAUGUGAACAAGACAUCAUGAAAACUCCUCAAACAAAGACUUGCAUACCCAUACACAGUGCUCAUGUUCAUUUCUACAGGAAUUGUAGACUGACUUGAGUGAACUGUUGUUUUUCCGUGUGUACUUGUACAUAUUCGUCCAUAUUGUAUGGAAACUAAAGUACAGUGAUUUAUGGAUCACUGUUUCUGUGAGAUACAUAUUGUGCAACCUAAAAAUGUUUGAUAAAAUAAUUUUCUUUACCUGA